AUGGUUCGUAAAAAAAUAGACAAUAGGAUCAGAACACUGAUUGAAAAUGGUGUAAUUGUUGGUCAUCGUACUAUGUUUGUAAUCGUUGGCGACAAGGGUCGAGAUCAGGUAAAGUAUUAUAGUAUCUGUAUUGCCAUACUAACUGUAUAACACUACAAUAUUAUAAAAUAAACACUAAAAAUACAUUUUUAUUUAUACAUAAAAGUCUAACCUAAUUUAUGUUAAUUAAAAAUAAAAAAUAAUUUUGAAUGUAUAUUUUAGGUUGUUAUAUUGCAUCACAUGCUAUCUAAAGCAGCUGUCAAAGCUAGACCUAAUGUAUUAUGGUGCUAUAAAAAAGAACUGGGGUUCAGUAGGUAAUUAUUUGUUUAAAUGAAGUCAUUAAAAUUUAAAAUUGAGUAUUUUAAUUUGUUAUUUUGUAUUUAGUCACCGUAAGAAACGCAUGAAGAGUAUACAGCAUAAAGUUAAAGCAGGGAAACUCAAUGUAAAUGAAGAUGAUCCAUUUGAAUUAUUUGUCGCAUCAACAAAUAUACGAUAUUGCUAUUAUUCAGAAACUCAAAAAAUUCUUGGUAACACAUAUGGAAUGUGUGUAUUGCAAGUAAACAACACAAAAUUAUUUUAUUUUAUUGUUCUAUUUGUGUAACAUAUAUUCAAUGUUUGAAGGAUUUUGAAGCUUUCACUCCUAACUUAUUAGCACGUACUAUAGAAACUGUAGAAGGUGGUGGUUUGGUAGUAUUUUUACUACAAUCUUUAAAGUCUUUAAAACAAUUGUACACCCUAACUAUGGAUGUUCAUGAACGUUUCCGAACUGAAGCUCAUCAAGAUGUUGUUGCCAGGUUUAAUGAAAGGUGGAAAAUAUUUUUCUUAUACUUUAAAUAUUAGAACUGUUACUAUAUAUGGUUUUAUUAAUUAGGUUUAUGCUGUCUUUAGUGUCAUGUGAUCGAUGUUUGGUGGUUGACGACCAAUUAACUGUAUUGCCUAUUUCAUCUAAAGUACUUGAAUUAAUUCCCGAGAAAAAUACAAAUAUUAAUUCAGUAAAUGAUCAAGAAUUAGCAGUCUUAAAAGAAAAUAUGAAAGAUACUCAACCAGUAGGAUGUUUAGUUAGCUGUUGUAAAACUGUUGAUCAAGUAAUUUGGUUUUCUCUGUUAUAGUAUUAAUAUUUUCAGAAAACAUGAUGAAAUGAUAUUAAUUUUUUAGGCUAAGUCAUUGCUGACAUUUAUUGAAGCAAUUUCUGAAAAAACUCUUAGGUCUACAGUAUCAUUAACAGCUUCUAGAGGUAGAGGAAAAUCUGCUGCCCUUGGAAUAGCAGUUGCAGCUGCUGUUGCAUUUGGUUAUUCAAAUAUUUUUGUUACAUCACCUUCACCUGAAAAUUUAAAAACUUUUUUUGAAUUUAUUUUUAAAGGUAAUGAAAAUUGUUUAUUUUUAUUAAUACAUAUGCUAGAGUGGCCCUUAUUUUUAAUAUAGAAAUUUUUUGGUCUAUCCCUCUAAAUUAGUUCCAAUAUACAUAAAAAUAACUUAGAAUUUAUAUUUUUAUAUAUUAAAACUUAAUAUUUUAUUAGGUAUAUAAGGCAUAUUUAUUGAAUCAAUUUUUCAAUAAUUAUAUUAGUUGUAAUAGUUUUAUUAAAAUGUAUUGCUAUUCAAAUAUAGUUUCCGGUACUGUGUACGGUAGUUUAUACUGAUUUUGAUCUUCAUUUUUUGAGCCUGUUCGAUUAAAAUCUUCCAAUAAUUUGAUCUCUCGUUCCACAUUGACAUUUACAAAUUUAAAUUAAAAUAUAUUUCAUACUCUAUAAUGUUUUGCCAGGAAGUAGAUGGUGAGUCUAUUAAACAUGAAUACAUAUUAAAUAAUUUAAAAAAAAUUCUAGAUCAUUAACAAAAUAAAUUCUUCUAUAUUUUUACCUUAAAUAUGUAGUAUUUCACAGAAUUUUAAGUUGAAACAUUUUUCUAAAGUGCCAUAAUUUUUAUUUUCAAUACUUCUUACUACUUGAGUCGUUUUAUUUUUUGUCUGAUUAUGUAUACCGUUGUCAUAGAAUGUUAAUAUAAUUGUUUCAGUUGUUAAAUACCAUUGAUAAUUGACAAUUUUUUAUAAUAUUCUAAUAAUUUGUCUGUAUUAAUAAAUAUUACAUACAAAGUCAAAUCUUGAUUGGAAGCAAAAUUAGCUUUUAAGAGGAUUGAACCACACUUUAUGUAACAUUAUGAAAACAAUAAAAAUACAAACAUCAAUUAUUCUAUUUUGUUUAAAUUGAACUCUUCAAGAAAAAUUAAUAUUUUUAAGCAAUAAAUUGCUCUAAUAUGAAAAAUGUGGUUUUAAACUUUUGAGUGCUUUGAGACACUGGUUAAACUUAACCAAUCAAUAUAAAAUUGUCUAUAUAACUAUGUAUAUAUUUGAAUCCAAGGCAGAAAGACUUCAACCAAUAUCAUAAAUAUACAAAUUUAAAAAUUACGUAAGAAAAUUAUUUUUAAAAACAUUAACAUAAGCACUUUUUUGAUUUAAUGUGUAUAAGAGAUCUCGAUUUAAAACUUGAACACAAUGUUUGUACACACAUAAAUGAAAAAUGUGUAGUCGCAUAUUCACAGAUAUUUAACAAUCAUUAUAUAGUACCUUGUUACUACAGUACAAAUAUAAAUAAGAGCUAACGGCUUUUACAUACUGCUAAUGUUAAGUCGAUAAGCUAAUUAUUUUGUCGGUAUACUUUUUUAUACUAAUAUACAUGAUUACUUAUGUACAUGGAUUUAUCAAAUUUCAUGUGGAAUAGUGAACUCUUAUACAUAUACAAUUUUUUAUAUUCAUAUAUAUCUAAUUAAUUAGUUUUUUUUUUUUGUCAUAGGUUUUGAUGCUCUUGGAUACCAAGAACAUUUGGACUAUGGAUUAGUUAGAUCUACAAAUCCUGAUGAUAAUAAAGCUUUGGUUCGGGUGAAUAUUUUUAGAGAUCAUCGACAAACCAUUCAGGUAUAAAAAAUACAAUUUAUUUAGUAUUUAUCAUUUUUAAUUUGACCUAUAUUAAUUUGUAUUUAUUAAAUACCUAUUUAGUAUAUAGUUCCGACCGAUUCAAAUAAAUUAAGUCAAGCAGAGUUGGUUGUAAUUGAUGAAGCUGCUGCUAUACCUCUUCCACUUGUAAAAGCUAUGCUUGGUCCAUAUUUAGUAUUUUUAGCAUCUACAAUUAAUGGGUAAAUUAAAUACUAUUAAUAUGAACACAUAUGGAUAUAUUUUUAAAUAUGCAGAAUGGCACGAAGAAUCAAAUGUUUUAUCAUAUUGUGUGUUUUAGAUUUGGGCCGUAAUUAGGUAUCUAUCAAGGUUUUAUCAAGUGGUGUAUUUUAUUUUUAUUUUUUUGUAUCUGAGCAACUUUUCAACCAGAAAAUUGCUAUUAUGUAUUAAGUGUAGUACCUUUUCUGAGGGAAAUUUUAUCUAGUGGAGACAUUAGGGAGGUCGUUUUUUGAUUUUCCAAGUAGUUUAUAUAUUAAUUGAGAAAAACUGGAAAAAAAGAAAACUGAUAAAUUUAAAAAGUUAUUAUUCUUUUAUUUCAAUAAAAAAAUUGUACAUUAAAUAUAUUACUACAUUAAAAAACGUGAUAUUUUUUGUUCCUUUUUUUUAUUUUGUUGGCAACUAAAGAAGUUAUUAUGUGAUUUUCUGUUUAGUUUUUUUAAUAAUUGAGCAAAAUGGAAAUAGAACAAGAAAAUUUACAAAAAUAAUGCUCUUUAUUUUCAAUAUUGUUUUAUAUUUUAUUUUGUUGUAAUUUAAUUUAGAAUAUUUUUAGAGACUUAAAAUUUUGACAGAAAACAUAUUUCCCGUUUCUAGUCUUGGUAAAAUUUUAAAAACCUUUGACCUAGGCACCUGAUUAUAAACAUUUUAAUUUUGAAAGUUUUUUUUUUUUUACAUAAUUUUUAUUUGAUAGGUAGGUACUCUGUGCAUAAAAUUGUUCAAUGUUUUUACAUUUAAUAGAGAGUUUCAUUAUAAGUUGUACUUAGUGGUAAAAAAAAAAAAGAUUAUGUAAUAUAGUUUAGUUUUUUUUAAAAAAUUUUAAAAGUAAUCAUAAAUAUUAUGGCCUUUUAAAACAUAAUUUAAAUAACUGUGUAUCCUAUCUUUCCAACUUCACACCUACAACAGUGGCAAACUUGUUCUCAGUAUCGGUUUUUUUUUUUUUUUUUUGCGUGUAUUAGUUUCUUAGUAAUUAAAGUGAAUAACCCCCAAUACUUAUAUUAUCUUCUACAUUAUACCUAGUUUUCAGAGAAUCAAUCAAAAUCCCAACAUUAUGUACCUUUCAAGUAAUCAUUAACAUUAUAUGGGUCUGAUUACUUACUCUGGUCUUCAGACAUUGCUGUGUCAGUUGUAGUUAAUGUAUUUCUGCCUUUAUUUGUGUCAUAUUUAAUUAUUUGCACUAUAUCUCUAUAUAAAGUGUUCUAUAUUUAAUUGAAAAAUAUAGAUUUAUGCCUAUAUUCUUGUUUGUUUUUUAUCUCUAAUAUUUGACUUAUUAUUGUCAGUAUUUUUUAAUUUUCAUUGCUGAUUUAAAAAAACCAAUCUCAGUCAAAUAUUCUUAAUGUUAUUAAGUUUUAUUAUUAAUCAAUUUUGAUAUUUUUUUAGUUAUGAAGGAACUGGUCGAUCAUUAUCAUUAAAGCUAUUGCAACAACUGCGAUCUCAGUCAACACCUAUUGGAACCAAUGCUAAUCUUAAAACUGAUCAAAAUUCUGUUACUGGACGAAAUUUAAAAGAAGUUUGUUGUUAUAUACUAUGCUGUAUAUUUAAUCUAGUUAUAUACCGUUUGAUAGGUUUUUCUGUCUUUGUUGCAAUUAUUAUUAAAUUUUUAUAAUUAUUGUUUUUUAGUAAAUAACUAAAAAAGGUUACAGAGUUAAAAGUAACAAAUUUAUGAGAUAAAAUAUUUAAAUUUAAUACUUACAUUUAGUAUUAUUAUGCUUUGUCACUAUUCUAAUUGUUUUAUUUUUGACUAUGGGGUCACACUAUUUAGUAUUUACAUACAAUGUAUAGAAGAUAUAUAAGAUAUCAUAAUUCAAAAAAAAAAGCCAACUUAAUUUAAAUAAACAACUAUAUAAUUAUAAUAUUUGUUUUUAAUUUUAAAAAAAAUUAGUUACAUAUUUUUUUUAAUAGUUUGAAUUUUGUUAUUAAUUAAAAAAUAGAAUUCAAAACAACUAUUUUAUUUACUAAUUACAUAAAUGUCUUAAAUUAAUUAAAUAUUAAAUUUGAUUUUAGGUUACUUUAGAUGAGUCUAUACGUUAUAAACCUGGUGAUGAUGUGGAAAAAUGGUUGACUAAUCUUUUGUGUCUUGAUUCAACGAAUAUUGCUCCGUUACUUUCUGGUUGUCCUCCUCCUGAUAGCUGUGAAUUAUAUUAUAUCAAUAGAGAUACUUUAUUUUGUUAUCACAAAGCUUCAGAAGCUUUCCUACAGCGAAUUGUUUCAUUAUAUGUAGCUUCACAUUAUAAAGUAAAUAUUUUAAUAUUAUAUGAUUAGUAUAAACCCUUCAUUAAACUUGUAUGAUAUCUAAUAUUUAUUUAAUAUUAUUAUUAAAUUAUUAGAAUAGUCCAAAUGACCUUCAAAUGAUGUCUGAUGCUCCAGCACAUCAUUUAUUUUGUCUUCUGGGUCCUGUUGACGUAAACAUGAACAGUUUACCUGAAGUAUUAUGUGUAAUACAGGUAUUGGUUGUUAUUUAUUUUAUAUGGUUAAUAUAAAACUGAAUAAUUUUAACAUUAUAUUAUAUUUUAGAACUAUUUACUUGCUACCAAUUAUUUUUAGUUUAAUUUCUUAUUACAAUAUGUUAUCUAGAUAUGUCUAGAAGGAGAAGUAUCUCAAAUAUCAGCAGCAGAUGGUUUAAAACGUGGUAAAAGAGCUGCUGGUGAUCUUAUACCAUGGACAAUAUCUGGAUGUUUUCAAGAUGAUCAAUUUCCAUCUUUAUCUGGUGCUCGUAUUGUUCGUAUUGCUACACAUCCAGAUUACCAAAGUGUAAGUAAAAACUUUUAAAUAAUAAUAUUAUUUUUGUUAUAAUAAUCAUCAAAAAUAAUAUAAUAGAUGGGGUAUGGUUCAAGAGCGCUGUCAUUAUUAAAAAUGUAUUAUGAAUUUUUGAUUCCGAGUCUUGAAGAAGGUCAACUUCCUAAAGAAAAUAUUGAUUCUAUUCAAGAAGAAGAUGUAGAUUUACUUGAAGAAAGAAUUGGUAAACAUAAAUUUACUUUUACUCAUUUAUUUAUAUUAUAUUGUAUUAAUAAUACUUGUAUUAUAUUGUAUUUUAGAACCACGCAAUAAUUUACCUCCGUUAUUAUUGAAACUAAGUGAACGUCCACCAGAACGUUUAGAUUAUAUUGGUACCUCUUUUGGUCUAACUGGUCCACUUUUAAAAUUCUGGAAGAAAGCUGGAUUCAUUCCGUUAUAUAUUAGGUAUUAAUCUUUUUUUCUUAAAUUAUCAAUUUUAAUUAAUCUUAUUAAAAUUAUGAUUUAUAUGUUUAUUUCAGACAAACCAAUAAUGAAUUAACGGGAGAACAUUCUUGUAUAAUGAUUUCAACAUUAAAUACAUCAGACUCAAAAAAUCAAAAUUGGUUAUCCCAAUUUUGGAUUGAUUUCCGUAGACGUUUUAUAUCACUUCUUGGUUACCAAUUUCGUAAAUUUUCACCUCAAUUGGCUCUUGGUGUUUUACAUAAUACUAAUAUAACCAUUCAAAUAGACAAAAGUAAAUUUAUUUUUGUCAAGACUAAAAUUAUUAAUUUAAUAACUGUCUAUUUAUUUUAUUAGAUAUUUUAGGUCAAACAGAGUUGGAUGUUCAUUUAAGUGCUUAUGAUAUACUUCGAUUAGAGAAAUACUGUAAUAAUAUGGCCGAUUAUCAUCUAAUAAUGGAUCUUUUACCCACUCUAUCGAAGCUUUACUUUCAAAAUAAAUUUGGAGAUACACAUUUUUCAGCUGUUCAAAAAGUAAUGAAUUAUUUAAAUGUUUGUAGUUUUAUAAAAACAUGAGUUACGGCAAUUCCUUUAGGCAUUGUUGUUAGGUUUGGGUCUACAAUACAAAACUGUUGAAGAGCUUGCUGAACAAUUUGACUUGUUACCUCCACAAUUACUUGGUCUAUAUAAUAGGAUGAUGCGUCGUAUACUGCAAGUAAUUAAUGGAGUUAUGGAAAAAAAUGUUAGCAAUGAAAUGCCCGUUUUGCAACAAACAGAUAGUAAUGAAUUAAGGCCAUUGGCUAAACCAUUGGAUGAAGAAUUAGAGCAAGCAGCUAAAGUAUAAAUUAAUAAUUUUUUUUAUAGAUACAUAGUGUAACCAAAUACUAAUUAUUUAAUAUAGGUGUUGAGAAAGAAACAACGAGCUGAAUUAGAAAAAUUGAAACAAGAAAAUCUUAAUAGAUAUGCAAUUAAAGGAACCGAAGAUGAAUGGGGAAAAGCUCUAGGAAAUUCUGGUAAAACUAAAAGUGUCAUUAGUGUAAAAAGGUAAAAGACAUUUGCAUUAUAUUUAAUAACUUUUUUUUUUUUUUAUUACUGAAUAUUAUUUUUAGUGGAGAAAAAAGAUUAGCAGACCCAGCUUCAUAUGAACCAGAAGAAGAAAAUGAACCAAAAAAAAAAAAAAAAAAAUAA